AUGGAAGAAGCCGCCAGCCGCAAGACGGUGUUGAGUAAGUUCUCAACCGACGUCGGAGAGAAUGUAGCGAAUUUGAUGGUAAAAGAGGUGGUUGCGACGGUGGAUAAGCCCGGAAUGGGCGUGAAAUUGGUCGAUGAGCAAGAGUUGGAGUGGGUUAUGCAGGUAAUUUGGGGGGUUUUGGGUCAAAAAUAGCUUACUUGUCAUCUAAAAUUGAUUUUUGAAAGAGGUGACAUUUUAUACGAUGAAACAUGAUUUGGCCUAAAUGAAACAAAAGGUGAAAAUAUCAAAAAAUACUGCCCCAUAAAUGAAUUUUUCAGGUCCUAGACUACUCGUUACAACUGAAAAUGUCGACAAAUCGCGAGUUUGAGACGGUGCAAUCGGCAGUUCGAGUUUACGUGGCUUGGCUUACCACAAUUACUACUCAUCCACAUCCUUCAGCACCUCCACCGAUGCUAAAAAACCCACUAAACUACUUCUGGUGAGUCUCUGAACUUUUGUUUUUGGUCAUCCGCGAAGGCGACAUUUUAUACGAUGAAACAUGUUUUGUCGUAUAACACGUCUCCAUGAAACUUGAAAUUACAGAUUUUUAAAAAAUAUUAGAAAGCUUGUCUGUGAGAAACAAAAUUUUCUGCAUAAAGUGUUAUUCUGGACAUUUUAUACUAUGAAACAUGUUUUAUCGUAUAAAAUGUCCCUUGGCGGAUCAAAUUCGGAAAACUUGUUGCAACCUGAUUGGAUAGUCUAAAUAAUAAUUAAAGAUCAACAAUUCAAUGUAAUACAGUCUUUUUAUAAAUAGAAAUUUGAUGAAAAAAUACAAUUUUGACCUUUUCUCCCUAAUUUCCUUUCUUAGCCGGCUUCUGGACGCCUUGUUGGCCGCAUUCCACCCUCGAUCCGCCGAUUACUGCAACUACAACACUCUGGUGACUCGACAAGCCACGGAGAUUCGUCAAAUCUUGGGAUCCGUUCGAGUUCUGUAUCGUCGAAUGGAGGCGGCGCAUAAAGAACAUGACGCGGAAAUGUGGUCAAGAGUACUGCUGUUUGUGAAAAGUGCCAACAAUAUUCUGCUCAGCAAACCUUGUUGGCCAGGUAAUUAACAAAAAAUGGGGGUGGAAAUGAAUUUUUCAUCGAUUUUUUUGCAGAAAAAGGGGAAAAUUCCAAUGUUUUGCAAAAAAAAAUUUUUUUUCUUGAUUCUUUUCAAAUUUUGCACACGUAUUCCACGUAUCCCAGUCAUCAAUCUCUGAAAAUUUUAACUCCCGAUUUUCAAGCAGAGCCGAGAUAUUGAACGAUCUUCUUUGCGAGAGAGUACGUAAAUUGAGGAGAGCCGGCCAGACAAAAUUUUCAAAAAGCUAUAACUUUAUUUACUUUGAUGGAAAACAAAUGAAUUUUUGUGAAAAUAUUAUUAACCCCACCUGCAAUACAGACUGAUUUUUAAAGCCAAAAAAUAGCGAAAAAUGAUGACUUUUUCAAUUUUUUAUGGAAAAGUCAUCAAUUUUCGCAAUUACUCCAAAAUUUCAGCUAUUUUUUGUCUUUUUCCGCCCUAUAGAUAAACAAAAUUCGAUUACCAAUCUAUUUUUGGGCUCAUAAACAAGAUUAGCGGCCAUUUUGAACGUUUAUUCUAUAAAAAUUUUCGAAUUUUUUUCGAUGUCUACUACAAUAUCUUCAGAUGAGCUGGGCAACGUUAUGGCGGCGGAUUUGGCCGAACACCUGUUCGAUUGCUGGGUUCUGGCGGCAAUUCAGGGGAAAAUCCCGACAAAAUCGUAUUGGAAGAUGCUCUCGAUGAAUGCGCAGCAAUGGAUCACUCAUGUAAGGGCAACAAGUAAUAUAUAGGGAUUGAUAAGCUUAUUAUAUCCUAUUUUACAAUUCUAAGCUUUACAAUUACUCUUUCAGGUGCCUGUAAUCGAAUGGUGGGGUCGGAAACUUUUGGCGCUUACAGUUAUAAUUGUAAAACAAACUUUUGGCGAAGACUAUUCGGAUAUUAAAGUUGGUAGGUUCAUUUUUUUAAUUCUUUUAAAAAAAGUUAAUUUUGAACUCAAUGCUAUGUAAAAACAACAUUUUUACAUUAAAAAUUUUUUUACCCAUUUUACAGCCAGACAUUUACAAAUUUGAAAGGUGACAUUUUAUACGAUGACAAUUUUUUGUUGGAUUUUGAUGAAAUUGCGGCUUAUUUAUGACAUAAUUUUACAAGAUGUAUAUAAGCAAUAUUUUUAGUUCGCGUUUUGCAGAAAUUAACGAAAUCUUUAGUCAAAAAAUUUUUUACUUUUUCAAAAUCUAACAAUUUUUUGAACUCAAUGCGUUGUAAAAACAACAUUUCUAGAGUAAAAUUUUUUUUAUAUUCCCGUUUUAUAACAAGAUUUUUCCAAAUUUGAAAGGUGACAUUUUAUACGAUGACAAAUUUUUUUAAAAUUUUAAUCAAAUUACCGCUUAAUUUUAUAACAUAAUUUUACAAGAUGUGUAUAAGCAAUAUUUUCAACUCGCGUUUUGCAGAAAUUAACAAAAUUUUUAUGUCAAAAAAAUUUUUAUUUUUCAAAAUUCAAAAUUUUUUUACAACUUUUGGCUUAAAAAAUUUUCAAUUUCAUGACGUCAUCAACUCAAAAAUUAGACAAAAAAAUAUUUUACCUUUUCAGCCGACGAAUCCCUUUACAAAUCGGCCGAAAUUUCGCAACUCCGCGAGAUCUGGUGGCAAUUACUCACACUGUUCGGGAAUCCGGCCAAAAUCACGGACCAAGCCGAGAAAAUUUGUCUCGAAAAUGGCGUUGAAGCGACGUUGAAUCAGGUCGUAACGGACCAAUCAACACUCUCGUUCUUCUUGGCCAUCCACAUUUUUGCGCAAAUUGUCGACAUUUUCUACGGCGAUUCGAAUGUUUCGAUCGAUUUGCACGAGAAUGAGGAGCUGAACUCGCAAUUCCUGGACUUUCAAAAGCAUGCGGCCGAGAAUUCGGCCAAGAAUUUUCAUCGACAGAGCAACAUGUCCACCACGUCCUCGAAUCACUCCAAUUUGGAGCGCCAAAACGACGAAAAUCAGUCGACUUUGACGCAGAAUGGGAACGGGAAUUUCAAGAAAUUGCAUGCAAUUAAUCAGCAUAGUCCGGUGCCGAAUCGGAAUUCCAAAUUGUCCGCAAAAGCGAGUCUGCAUCAUGCUGUGAGUCUGCAGACGGAUAUUAUCCUGGAACAGGCGGCCAGUGCCAGUGGAAGUGAGCUCUCGCAGAAUCCGCCCAUCUUGAAACCAGCGCAGUUCGUUUGGUACAUCUUGAAGAGUAAGAGACAAUUUUUGUGUGAAAAAAUUUGAAAUUCAUCCCUCAGGUGUUGUAAAAACCUUCGAAAAUAGUUCGAUUUUUAUUUUGUGACGGGCGACAUAUCAAUUAAUGGAAAUUGCGGAGUAGAGGGAGAGUUGACUCAAUUGGGUCAACUGUUCGCGUGGAAAGCAAAGAUCUCGGAUUUUGAUGCAACUUGGGGGAAUUAUGACAUAUUUUACAAGGAAAGUACUUCGAUGGGGUAUGGAGUUACAGGUCGAGACAUAUAUGUAUAAAAAAGUUUAAAAAAUCUGAUCCAGAAUAUAUAAAAGUUAGCUACCUAAUUUAAGUUUGUAAGGGCGAAAAACCCUCAGAUCUUUUCUCGCAACACCACGUAAAUUCCCCCUUUUUUACAUUGGAGCUACUACUAAGGUCUAGUACUAAUAAAAUUUGGUAUUUUAAGGCUUGCCAAGAUGCCAGAGUUUAACCAAAAUGGCAUAUUUUGAAUUAGAAACAUUUUUUCGAUAUACAGUAACCCCAUACCCCAUAGAAGAACUUUCCAUGUGAAAAAUUUGAAAUUUAUCCCUCAGGUGUUGUUAAACCCCUCAAAAAUAAUUUGUUCUUUAUUUUGGAACGGACGAAAUAUCAAAUAACGAAAAUUGCGGAGUAGAGGAAGAGUUGGCUCAAUUGGGUCAAGUGUUCUCGCUGAAAGCCGAAGGGGUCGGAUUUUGAUGAAACUUGAGGGAAAUUUAGAGGAACAUUUUCUAAGGCAUUUGUUGAUAUUUUAGAUGCCGCUUUGCAAAAAUCGCGGAGAUUUUUAGUUCGAAAGCAUUUUUGAGAAGUUUUUCGCAAAAAUCGAUUUUUUUCUAGUCAAAUUGACGGAGAAAAACAAGAAAAUUGCCAAAGGCACUUUGAUUGUCUUUGGAGCCUGAGCAUUAUCGUAUUUUACAAUGGAGCAUUAUCGUAUUUUACAAUAAAUAAAAUUUUUUUUACUUUUUCAAAUUUUUCAGCCAAUAAAUUCCAUCAAAUUGUGAACAACUCCGAACGAAAACCUUCAAGUGCAACCUUGCUGAACCUGUUUUUGCCAUGGCUUCGAGACGCCGCAAGAAUUUCGAUCUCACCGAGUCAACGGAAAUACAGCGAAGGUAAGGGAUUUUUGAAAAUUUUAACGAUAUUUGGCUAUGUUUGCCUCAAAACCACUGCUGUUUAGGAUUGUUUUCAUUGUGAAAAUCAAAUCAUUUUUUUCUCUUUUAUUCCUUUCUUUUGUAUUUUUUUAUUUGGGGAAAUGAGGCCAUUAUAAGCAGUCAAAAACAGUGAAAAAACCUUCGAUUCUCCGGCUAUUUUCUUGCUAAAAUUUUGAAAAAAAUUUUGGCUACAAUUUAUUAUAACUGUAGUCAACUUUAAUCUACUAUAAUUUACUACCAUUUUUUGACUAAAAAUGUUGCGAAAACGUCGAUUUUUGAAGAAGUCCAAGAAUCUCACUUCCACUGAUUUGAUGGUGAUAAUUGAAGAUAUGAGUAAGCACAAAAAGAGAUCGUAUUUCACAUUUUAUAUUAAUAUUAAUAGUACAAAAGCAUUUUCCAUCAAAGUUUCCAGCUCGCGCUUUGCAGAAACAACCGAAAUUUUUAGAUCUAAAGUUGGCAAAAAUGUGACAUUUUUUUGCGAAUUUUGCCAUGAAAAGUUUCACAUGUAUUUCUACCAUAGAGAGUAAUGUUUCCACAAAAAAUCAAUUUUUUCCGCGCGAAACUGACAAAGGUAUGGCCAAAAAGUGUUUUCUUUUCUCUGACCGCUCUACGCGUUUCACGUACUCUCUCUCUGCCGAAAAGAUCGUUGAAUAUCUCGGCUUCCCCUGCAAAGCAAGAGCUAAAAUUUUCAGGACUUGAUAUGUGGCCUAUGCUCGAGAUGUGCGCAAAAUUUAAAGAAAAUCUGAGCGUCGCACUUGUGAUAUACAGGGUGUUUCAGGAAAUUCCCCGGAAAGCAAUCGUCGAUUUCUCGACGCUCAGCCACGAUAUCCAAAAAAAUUUUUUUGCAGUAGAAAGAAGGUUAUGGGCGGUUUUUUGCCUAAAAAGAUUUUUUUCUACGCCGACGCGGAAUGCAGUGUAUUCGGCGAAGACUUUAGAUCGCUUUUUUGGUCAUCACAUACAUCUUAAACGCUUUUUGUGGUUUCUGAUGGCUGAAAUGCGGAUAAUUUACUGAUUUUUGUGCUUAUCAAGCGUUCGGCAAAGGUAUGGCAGCCGCUCGCCAUAUCUUAACUCAGAUACGGACCAGAAAUGGUCCAACACAAUUUUUAUUGUCUGGCAACUAUUUUCUGCGGGUAUCGUAUACCCUCCAAAAUUUUGUGGUCAAGCCUUGGCAGAUGUCUAGCCAUCACGGAACCACUUGGUGCACCAGAAAACAACAAAAAAAUUUUUGUUUAAAUUUUUCUUUGCCCUGCUGUUUCAAACAUUCGCGCGGUGGGCUCGACUUCAUCGAUAUUGCAGCGACUGCAUUGCACUGUGCAGUCGCUAAAUGGGAUCGCAUAAAGUUAUACCCUGCCUCCUGAUCCAUUGUGCAAAAAAUCUGAAGACUUUCCGGAUGCUGCAGUGUCACAGUAAAGCGUUUUAGAUAAGUGUGAUGGUCAAAAAAGCGGUCAAAAGACUUCGCCGAAUACACUGCAUUCCGCGUCGGCGAAGAAAAAAAUCUUUUUAGGCAAAAAACCGCCCAUAACCUUCUUUCUACUGCAAAAAAAAAAUUUUGGAUAUCGUCCGAGAAAUCAACGAUUGCUUUCCGGGGAAUUUCUUGAAACACCCUGUAUUUUAAUACUCUUACAAGGGAAGUACUCCAAGUGCGACGCUCAGAUUUUCUUUAAAUUUUGCGCACACGUCGGGCAUAAACUUAUAAGUAUUUCGGGGUGAAAGAGCCUUUGUUCAAAAAGUUGUAGCGACCUCAGUUUGCACUUAAAAAUCUUGUUAUUUCGUUGACAAAAAAUAAUGUCGCUUAAAAAUACAUAUUCCAAAAACGAACUCUCUGCGCCACCUCCGCCGAAAGUUAUAGUCUCCUACUUUCCUUCACGUUUCUUGAAAUACCCUGUAAAUAUCAAUUCCUGAAAGUGUUAGCUCGCGCUUUGCAAGCGCCACCGAGAUAUUGAACCAUCUUUGCCGCCAAGAGAGCACACUAAAUGUGGAGACCGGUCAGAGAGAAAAGCGCUUUUUGGCCGUAACUUUUCCAGAUUUAUGCGGAAAAAAUUGAUUUUUUGUGGAAACACUAUCCUUUACGGUAGAAAUAGGCAUGGAACUUUUCGUGCCGAAAUUGGGCAAAAAGUCUUAAAUUUUGGCCGAAUUUCGAUCUUAAAAUCUCGGUUGUUUCUGCAAAGCGCGAGCUGGGAAUCUCGCAUAUAUCUUAGAAAAAAUUAUUCUAAAUUUGUGCCAAGUUUUAUCCAAAUCAGAGCGUCGCAGUUGGGGUACUUCCCUUGCUUGCCAAAAAUUCAAAAAAAAAAAAAAAAAAUCACUCUAUUAAAAAUCAAAAAAAAUAAUCAUUCUAACCUUUGAUGUCAACCACUUUUCUGAUCCUUCUUUUCGACCCCACUGUUCUCCCAACCCUCCCAAACUGUUGGUUUCCAACCUUUGCCCUGUAAGACUAUUGUAAGCGGCUUUGCGAAGGGAGUUCUUUCUUCUCCUUUCCCUGUCUGCGAUUGAGGUCUCUCUUUUUCGCGACGGCCUUGAGAAAUGUGGAGGGAAAUUCAGGGAACCCCAUCUCGGCGUUUUAAUUUCCUUUUCAUAUACCUGUUAUUCGAUUUGGCAAGGAAAGUACUUUUAUGGGGGCUCCUACUUUUUGACGGGACAUAUCUCAAAAAAUCAGAAAAAAUGUGCUGAUCAAGGAUAUAUAAAUCUUAGCUGCCCAUUUUAGGUUUUUAUGGGUGAAAACUCAAUCGGAAGUGGGCUUAAAGUCCUAUAUAAACCCCUUUUCGCUUAAUUUUUCACAGGUUUACAAUUUUUAUUUUGGCUUAAAAUGAUGUUUAUUGAGUUUCUAAGACGUAAUAAAUCAGUCUUGGCACAAAAAUUUGUUUUUCCAACCUUCAACUUCAAAAAAAGUUGAUCCAGCCCAAAAGGGAAAUCGAACCCGUGCGGCGUCCUCCCUCUUGAUUCCCAGACUACGGCACUAACCACUCGGCCACACCGCUCUCCUCCGAAGGAAGAGACCGAAUGCGCUUUUUAUCGUUUCGAAUGCAUGCGCCUUUUGUAGGGAAAUUAAGCCAGUUUUUGGGCAUUUUCACCCCUAAAAACCCAAAAUGGGCAGCUAAGAUUUAUAUAUCCUUGAUCAGCACAUUUUUUCUGAUUUUUUGAGAUAUGUCCCGUCAAAAAGUAGGAGCCCCCAUAAAAGUACUUUCCUUGUGAGAAGCGAGGGGUUUUUAUUCAAAUUAUUUAGGUUAUUGAUAUAAUAACAAAGUUUUUCGUAUUUUAACAUAAGUUACUAUGUUUUUUCCAGUUUUUCAAAAAAAAAAUUUUCGUAUUUUGAUGAAAUUUUUGUUCACAUUUUGGACGUAGGCCAUAUAUCAAUUACAAAAAAUUUUAGCUUGUGCUUUGCAAGGACAGCCUAGAUAUUAGGCGAUUAUAAAUUAUCAUGAAAAAAAUAUGGGCUUGCGGCCGAGACAAUACGCGAAAAGCGGAGUGCCGUCGGGGGAACACACUUUUUGGUUGUAUCUUUGCCCGGUUUACAUGGAAAAAAUCGAUUUUUUAUUGGGAAAUUCGUCUCUAUGUGUAGUAUAGAAUUAGGGGCACAACUUUUUAUGUCAUAAUUGCAAACAGGUGCUAUGUUUUCACCAAUUUUUGACUCAAAAAAUAAACAAAAAUUCUUGGUUAUUUCUGCAAAGCGCGAGCUAGAAACCCCACAUCUUCAUUUUCCAUAGCUUCUUAUCAUCAAAAAUCUUUGCAAAGAUCAUUGAGAAUUUCGGAUGUUCUUGUAAAUCAUAGGCUGAAAUUCUUAGUGUUGAUUUAUGGCUUACAAGGGAAGUACCCAUGAGCGACGCAUUAGAACUAUCUACGCUCGGAUUUUCUUUAAACUAUGCACACACGUCGGGCAUGGACUAAGUAUCAAUUCCUGAAAGUUUUAGCUUGCGUUUUGCAAGCGCCACCGAGAUAUUGAACGACAUUUGCUGCCGAGAGAGUACGUGAAACGUGGAGGGCGGUCGGAGAGAAAACUGCUUUUGGCCAUAACUUUGCUAGUUUCGCAUGUAAAAAAAUGAUUUUUUGUCGAAAUAUUACUCUCUACAGUAGAAAUAGGUAGAGAAAACACCUUUUUGGCCAUAACUUUGGCAGUUUCGAGCGGAAAAUUUUGAUUUUUUGUAGAAACAUUAUCCUUUACGGUAGAAAUAGGCAUGAAACUUUUCGUGCCGAAAUUCGGCAAAAAGUCUCAAAUUUUCGCCGACUUUCGAUCUAAAAAUCUCGGUUGUUUCUGCAAACCGCGAUCUAGAAUUCUCACAUAUAUCUUAGAAAAAAUUACUCUAAAUUUGUGCCAAGUUUCCUCAAAAUCUAAGCGUCGCAUUUGGGGUACUUCCCCUGUUAGUUAGAGUUUAUUAGAACUAUUAAACAAAAAUCAUCAAAAAUUUCACGCUGCCCUUGAGCAACUUAUUUUUAUCCUACUGCCAUUCAAAUUUACAUAUUAUCUUUGUUCAAAAAUUGGUCUCCUCUCGCCCCCCCCCUCAAAUAUUGAAUCGAAACCCGUCUGUAAAUCAACGUCAGCCCUUCGGGGCUUAUGGGAUUUGGUCGCCAACAUAUUUUCGAAUCUAUUUUUCUGAAUUUUUAAUCAGUAUCAAGUGGGGAGAAUGGUGAAGUGAUAUUUUGGAAUGGAAUGGGAAUCGCGAAAAAACUUGGUUCCGAACCGCCACGUUUGAUUUUCAUAUUAUACAAUUAGCCAGUGGCCGCGGGUUGUAAGCGUUUUUCGAGUUUCCGCCAACUUUUUUUUCUUGAGGGUUUUUCGAAAAAUGAUUAGAUUUCUGCCAAAAAAUGUGUAAAAAUGAGGAAAUAUCUUAAAAUUACUGUAAAUUGUGGUGUGAAAUUGAAGAAUACUGACCUUUUUGUGAAGUAAAAUUUAUUUUUUCAGCAGUGGAAAAGUAUUUUAUGACAAGAUUUUGCUGAUUUUUUGAAAAAAUCAGCUAAAAUUUGCCAUAAUUUGAUUAUUUCCAAAAUUUCGCCCGAAAAUUUUUAAAAAUCUCCUCUAAAAAUCCCUUUAGCAUAUCCUCAGCUACAUAACAGUUUUUUAAACAUCCAAAAAAUUUCAAAGUUUUCCACGGACUAAGCCCGGCUUGACCCUGGGAUCCAGGUCAGCUACUGCAAUUUACUCGGAAAUCCCCUCUCGUUUUUAUUACGCAAUCGACAAUAAACGUUCCCCCAGCACACCGAAAAAGAGUUUUGGUAACGGAAAACGAAAAGAAAGGAGGGAAAACUCGAAAAGCGCCGAAAAUCAGGAGGUUCCAAAGAUUGAUUGCCUCUUCAGCCCCUAUUGUACGGCUAUAUGAGCUGGUGUUGGCGGUAUUGAGAGUCUUGUUUGUGUAAAAUGUUGGGAUAAUGGGGAAUCAACCGAGUCAAGGCCGUGUCGGGAAGAAGACCUCGAAACGUAAGGACAUAUUGAGAUUUGGGAGAUCUUUUGUCAUGGAUAACAAAAUUUUUGUCAGUAGUUGAUCUCCAUCGUGUUUAAAUAGACUUAUUCUUUCUCCAAAACCCUCCUGCACUGAUUUGCCGGCAAGAUUCACUUCAAUUUCGUCAUUUCCCGUCGACAUUUACGUCAUCGUAUAAAAUGUCCCCGCAGUCUGCGGAAUUUUGCAAAAGUCUCGGGCGCAGCUCGGUUUAGCAAUUAUUUUUUACAAUAGUAGCGCACUUCGUUGAAUAAUCGAACAAGCUACUUUGAGGUCAGUCAACCAUAUUGACGUUGUUUUCUUUCUUCAUUUUCUCGUUUUCCAUGGUUUUCGUUGCCUGGAGACAAAAAAAGGAGAUUAUUUUUACGCAAGCCUCUUGUUUGCUCAAUGCUGAUCAAUUUUUUGGUUGACUAGGGUAUUAUGCGUUGAUACUGAACCUCUGAACUUUGAAAGAUUGGAGUUUUAUGGUUUUCUUGAGUUUUUUGGAAGUUCGGAUAUUACUUUAGGUGGUUUUGAAGAAAAUUUCGAUUUUCUUAGGUAUUUUGAAAGAUUUUUUAAUGGAAACUGGCAGAAUAAGGUAGAUUCUUUAUCACUUCAGCCAUAUAAGGCUGUUUUUCUUUUUGGAAUUUUCAAAAAAAUAUCUUUUCGUCUCAUUUUUCGAAUUUUAGGUAACAUUUUGAUAUUAUCUUUAAAAAUUGGUGUUUUUAGACAUGAACCUACGAUUUUUUGGUCUCGUUAGAAAGACCAAUGUAUAUUCUACAUUAUUUAUCAACUUUUUCCACCAAAAUCUCUCGCUGAAUUAUCCAAAAUUCCCUAUUUUCUCCAUGAUCCGCCAAUUUUUCCUAAUUAAAUCCGCAGCGGCGUUUAGAUGGAGGGAUUGGAUUAGAUUCCUGAUUCCAGCCUUUUUCCUCUGACCAGUCAAGGUGUAUUUGUUUGUUUUGCGGGAAGAAUCCCCACCAGUUUUUCAGACCUCGCUCUCGUCUUUUUUGUUCUGUAAUUUUUCGUGGAAUCGGAUGGAUUUUGAACCGUUACGCAAUCGUUUUCGCAUAUUCGAGAGGAAUUUUAUGGUGUGGAUUUGUGUGAGGGGUAAUAUUGAGGGGAUUUUGAGGGAAAUUUGUAUGAAAAAUGGAUUUUUAUUUACAUUUGGACCUAAAUUAAUUAAUUUAGGUCCGAAUGUAAAUAAAAGUGUUCGGCUGAAGUUGAAUUUGGUUGUAAAAUAAAAAAAAAUAUAUAAAUAACUGUCUAGGGCAUUCCUAUGUCUAGUUACAGCAUCUUAGGUGAUUAAUUCGACUUUUUUUAUAUUAUUUUAGGUGGUUACCUAAAAUAAUAUAAAAAUUUUUCGAUUUGACGGAAAUCUCUAAUACGAUUAGUGAUUAUAGAGUCAAAGAUCUUUUUGCACUCUUAUUUUCAUAUUUUUAUAGCCUUUAGUAAUAGUUUUUACCAAAAAAAUCCAAAAAAUUUCAAUCUCCCCCACAAAAAUCAAAAAAAAAACUAAAAAUAAAAUAAAAAUUCAUGACCCUAGAUAAGGCAAAAACAUCAAUCAGAUUGUAAAAAAAUUAUUUACCUAUUUAUAAAGUCCAUUAAAAAAAUUCUUGAUCUUUACCCUGCCAAACUUGGACCUUUCAUUCAAAAGCUAACAGAAUUUUUGUUUGCACAGCUAACUGUCUCACUUUUUAUGCGAGUUGAAAGGAAAUCGAAGCCUCAAAAGUUAUGGAAUUUGCGUUUGGGCUAUUUACGAGCUGUUGAUAGGGAAAACGUUGAAAUUUUUUUUGAAAUAAAAAUUGGAGAAAAUGCGAAUUAUUGGUGUUGAAAAGGGGGACGUUGACGGCUUGAUUGAGGUCUAUGAGUGCUGGCAAUGAGGUUGUGUGUUUGGAAGAGGGCUUAUGGAACGAGGUUUUGCCGAUUUUUGGGGGGUUUUAGCAUUUUAUCGACAUCUGAUGUCAUGGAUAAUAUAAAAGUUGGGUUUCAGAAGGUCAGAAUUUUUUUUAAAGUCGUAAUAAGGUCUGAAGUGGAAUAAAAAUACCUUUGAGAGUCAUUGAGAUUACAAAAAAAUAUUAAUUUACCCAAAUUUUUCAUGUGUUUAGUCACGAUUACUUACAGUGACGGACCAGAUCCAGUUGCAAAAAAAAGUACCAUUUUGAAUCCGGGAAGUAUCAAAAAAUGUAGCAAAAUGCCUCCCAUAGAGAGGGAGUUAUUUUGCUACAUUUUUUGAUACUUCCCGGAUUCAAAAAUGGUACCUUUUCUGCCACUGGAUCAGGUCCGCCACUGUAGGUAAUCUCUGCCUAAACAGAGAUGAAAAAUUUGGAUAAAUUAAUGUUUUUUGUAAUCUCAAUGACUUUCAAAGGUAUUUUUAUUCCACUUCAGACCUUACUACGGCUUUAAAAAAAUUCUGACCUUCUGAAAACCAACUUUUAUAUUAUCCAUGACAUCAGAUUGUCGAUAAAAUGCUAAAACCCCCCAAAAAUCGGCAAGACCUCGUUCCAUAAGCCCUCUUCCAAACACACAACCUCAUUGCCAGCACUCAUAGACCUCAAUCAAGCCGUCAACGUCCCCCUUUUCAACACCAAUAAUUCGCAUUUUCUCCAAUUUUUAUUUCAAAAAAAAUUUCAACGUUUUCCCUAUCAACAGCUCGUAAAUAGCCCAAACGCAAAUUCCAUAACUUUUGAGGCUUCGAUUUCCUUUCAACUCGCAUAAAAAGUGAGACAGUUAGCUGUGCAAACAAAAAUUCUGUUAGCUUUUGACUGGUCAGAAAAGUGAUAAAACAAAAAAGCAUGAAGGGAAAGGACGGGGAACGUGACAGUUUUACGGAAACGGCCCGAGACUUGACUUUUAAAGUCUUUUUUUACUAUAUUUUCAAAGGCUUAGCUGUAGGGGAAAUGAUUUUUUUAAAUUUUUUAGAGUUUAAAUUAAAUUUUUUUGAUUGGAAUUUGUGAUUUAUACCAAGUCCCUUUAUUUUUGAGUAUUAUUUUCACUUUAAACCACCUUUUUGAAGCCAAAUUGUAAUUUCUUUAAUAUAUUUUUUUUUUGAAAUUUAAUAUUUUUGUCUCUCAAAUUAAUGUUGACUCCUGUUUCAUGACUAAAAUCAAUUUUUUCAGAUGUAAUAAGCCAGCGGUCCCUGAGUUCAACCGAUCUGGAUCCACAAAUGAGCGCUGACGGCCCGGUUUCCCGGCGGUCUUUUGGUAAUUUUUUUUGAAUUUGAACAUCAAUUCUCAUUAUUUCGUAUUUUACAAAUUUUUUUUGUUGUCUUGGAGUUCAACUUUGUGUAAUGAAAUUUUAUUUUUUUUUUUCGAUUUUUUUUUUGAAAUUUUGUCGAUUUUAGAUUAUUUUUUUAGUUCAAAUUAGAUAAAAAAAGUGUCGUAUUUAAAAUCUGUUUUGAUGUUGAGAGUUUUUAUUAAAGCCCAUUAAGAGGUUUUAGAUUGUGUUUGGCCAAUUUUAUAUUGAAAAUUAGACCUUUCGACCUUAUUUUAGGUAUUUUUACCUAAAAUAAGGUAAAUUUUUUUGAUGAGAACUAGAUUUUUUGAGUUUUUUGAGAAAAACCUAAAUGCUCAUUUCGUAUUUUACAAUUUGGAAUUUUUUUGACACAAAAAAAUAUUUUUUUUUAUUUUUUUUUUAUUUUUGUUACCUAAAAAAAUUUUUUCCUUUUUUCAGCCGGGAGCACCAAUUCCGCCAGCGACAUCUCCUCCCCACACCACUCCCAUCACGCCGGCUACACCACCAUCCUCCCAUCGGACCCAUCCACGGCGCCUUCGGUGGACGGAAUCGCCGCAGGCAAGUCCGCCGCCCUCGGGGCAUUAUGCCGAAUUGUGUGCUCCAAAUCCUCCGCCGAAGUGAUCAGCGACGAGCAGUUGGCCCAGUUCCUAAUCGUACUCCAUGAGGCACUCGUUGAACGGGACCGACUCAUGCUUUGCUCGUUGAUCUUCUACAGCACCGAGUUGUUCAAAUUAGGCCUGAAAGGCGUGGAAAUAUUGUUGCCCAAUUACAUAACUGCCAUUGAUAUCUUGCUCACGGAGUCGUUCAAAUUGAGGUGAGUGGAAUUUCUUUAUUUUUGAUAGAGGUCUUGGGGGUUUUUGACCAUUUUUUUUUUGAUAUUACACUAGAUGGCGAAGGUAAAAAAUUGGCAAUAAUGUCUGAAUAAUUACUAUUUUUAUGAAGAUAAGAGCUAAUUAUGGUUGUAAUAGCUUUUCGAAGGUUUCAUGAGGCUUUUCUGGCCAAGUUUUGUCUAUUUUUUGAUAUUACACUAGAUGGUGAAGAUAAAAAAUUGGCAAUAAUGUCUGAAGAAUUACUAUUUUUAUGAAGAUAAAAGCUAAUUACGGCUUGUAAUAAUUUUUCGAAAGUUUAAUGAGGUUUUUUGGCCAAGUUUUGACUAUUUUUUUGAUAUUGCACUAGAUGGUGAGGAUAAAAAUUGUCAAUAAUGUCUGGGAAUUACUAUUUUUAUGAAGAUAAGAGCUAAUUACGGCUUUUAAUAACUUUUUCAACUGCUUAUGAGGCUUUCCUGACCAAGGUUUGACUAAUCUUGGAUAUUACACUAGAUGGGGAAGGUAAAAAAUUGACAAAAGAUGUGGAAUUUCAAGUCUUUUUUUGGUUUUAAGUAGCAUUUAAGCCAAAUAAGGACAUUAAAAGCUAAUUUUGAUUAUGAUUUGAUUAAUUUUUGCCGAAAGAAUUCGAUUUUUUCAAAAUUUUUGAGCCUUGAUGUAGCAAAAAAAAAUUUUUUCAAAUUUUUAUUUUCAAAUUGAUUUUUUUCUUUUCAGACUCCACCCCUCGAUAAAUGAAGUCGACAUGAGGCAUUCUUGUCUGAGAGCGUUGGCCUCGGUCAUCUCAUGGCCCACCACUUUUGGCCGAGAGAAAAUCACCCAAUGGGAUGAGACGGUCUCAAUAACCAAGGGAAAUAACAAUGUUCUCGGUGUCGGCAUGACCUAUGAAGACCUCCGGCCGAGAAUUUUAAGAACUCUGAUCUAUGCCCUGCGGAAUGAAACCGACUCCAUGAAUCUUCAGCUCGUUUUGGGUGAGUUGAAAGGAUUUUUUGGGGAAAUUGAGGGAAAAAUUAGAUUUUUGGGCUAAAAAUGUAUUUUAAAGGGUGUAUAUGGUUCAGAUUUGAUAUGGAUUUCUAUGUAUGGGGCGUAUUUUACAUUUUUUAUCGUGUUUUUGAAAAAAAAAUAAAAAAUUUUUUUUGAAUAUCAAAAAAAAUUUUUUUUUUAAUUUUUCAGGUUUAUGCCACAGUUUUUGCGCCGAGAACUCCCGUUAUGACCUGUCACAACAUAAAAAGACUAUCGAUGAGAACGAUGAGAAAGUUUUCGCCAUCUCGGCUCUAAAACAGACCAUCUCCGCCGUCUGCGACAACCUCUGCAAACCCCAAUGGUGCGCCGAACUGGGCACUUCCUUGGCCGCUUUCGAUUGUCUAAAUGCUUUAUCUACACUGCCAACUAGCUUAUUGUUCCAUGAAGGUGAGAUUUGAAGGGGUUUGAGAGCUUUAUUUGAAGGAUAGGAGAUUUUGGACAUGGAGAAUAUAAUUUUUUGAGCGUUUGAAGAGUUUUUGGAUUUUUUUUUUGAAUUUUGUAUAUUUAUUUGAAGUCUACAUGCCAUCUAGGUUAUUUCUCAACGGUUUAGGAUUUUCGGAUUUGCCAAAAAAAAUCGAUUUUUUUUUGAUUUUUUGAAAUUUACGUUUUUUAUCCAUAAUCACGUUUUUAUCCCAUAAUAUUGGAUUUUCAUCGAAAGUACUAAUAAAUUAGAUUUUAGAUUUACUUUUUGUAGCAUUUUUAAGAUUUUUUUGCACCUGAAAUCGCCUUUGUCAACUAAAUUUUUUAUUUUUUUACUUAAUUUUUUAAUAAUUUUACGUUUUUUGUCCAUAAACUUGCUUCAGACCUAUAUAAUCUUUCGAAUUCUAGGUGACCAUUCCACGGGAGCCCUGAUCGUCUCAUCCCUCUGCCGAUUCGUCAAUUCCCAACUCCAGAAACCCCCUCCAUUCCACUCCCGGGAUCUCCAUUCAUCAGUUGUGGCGGCCUUUCAGUCCCUCGAAGUCUGGCUUUGUGCCGCCCCAAUCUUGGCCGAAAUGGAGUCGGUGAUAAAUACGGUCGCCAAAACCAUCGAAUUCGGGAUGACUGGAGGCACAGACCUGAAACCGGAGGAGUACAAACCGGCCAGUCAAAGGGUCCACGAUGCCGCGGAGAGCUUGCGAUUCAAUUUGUUUGGAAAUGUGGUGGGUUUUUUGAGGAGUUUAGAGGGUUUGGGAGGAGAUUUUAGGGGAAAAAAUUGCGAAAUUUUUUGUGGGUGAAGGAAAAAAUUUUCGAAUUUUUUUUUUUUUUUUUUUGUAUUUUUUUUAAUCAAAAAAAAUUUUCUUUUUGCAUGCCAAAAUUUUGGUCGUAUUUUUUCGUGUUUAACAACAAAAAAUUAAAAAAAAAAUUUUUUGUUACCUAAAAUUAAAAAAAUUUUUUUUGUUACCUAAAAUUAAAAAAAUUUUUUUUGUUACCUAAAAUUAAAAAAAUUUCAAAAUUUUUUUUGCCGUGUUUUUAUCAUGUUUUACAACAAAAAAUAAAAAAAAAAUUUUUGUUACCUAAAAUGAAAAAAAAUGUUUUCCAUUCAAGAAUUUUUGGCCGUAUUUUAAAUUAAAAUCAAUUUUUGAAACACUUUCAGGGCUCAAAUGACUGCACAACCGUGGUUGAUGAACACAGCGUAAUUCGGAAACUGGGCGAUGACAACCUCUCCCUCGCCGGUUUCCAACACUUUGUCAUCGACAAAUUCAGCCUCAUCAGUCUGCAUAACUUGACUCAUGCCGACUUUGUGAGCAACGGAUUACCGACGGUGGUCAUGGUGUGUAGAACGCCCUUCCAGCCAGCUCAUGCGACUCUAAUUCAACUCAAAAGUCGAGUGAAGAAUGAUGAGAAUUUGGAGGGCAACAAUAAUAAUAAUAAAGGUGAGGAGAGGAAACAGAAAUUUUGAUCUCGAUUUUGGUGGGCGAAGUUUUUAGAGGGGACAUUUUAUACGAUGAAAAAAUUUUACGAGGUUUUUGUGAUAAAGAUUUGUUAAGGUGACAUUUUAUACGGUAGAAGAUGUCUAGAGGGCAUUUUUAGUUUUUUAGAAAUAGAAAAAUUCCCUGGAGACAUGUUAUACGAUGAAAAAAAUUUACGAGAUUUUUGUGAUAACAGUUUUUAAGGUGACAUUUUAUACGGUAGAAGAUGUCUAGAGGGCAUUUUUAGUUUUUUGGAAAUAAAAAAUUCCGUGGCGACAUGUUAUACGAUGAAAAAAUUUUACGAGAUUUUUGUGAUAAAGAUUUUUUAAGGUGACAUUUUAUACGGUAAAAGAUGUUUAAAGGGCAUUUUUAGUUUUUUGGAAAUAAAAAAUUCCCUGGUGACAUGUUAUACGAUGAAAAAAAUUUACGAGGUUUUUGUAAAAAAGAAAUUGGUAAGGUGACAUUUUAUACGGUAGAAGAUGUCUAGAGGGCAUUUUUAGUUUUUUGGAAAUAAAAAAUUUCGUGGAGACAUGUUAUACGAUGGAAUUUUUUUGGCCUAAAUUUUGUGAUAAUCCCACAGAUUUUGAUACAAUUAGAAAAGAAUAAUAAAAAAAAUAAAGAUGAACAUUUUUUCAAGACAUCCGAGAUGAUUUUUUAACUCGAAUUUUGAGAUUUUUUUGGAAUUUUUUGUCAAAAAAAUUAUUUCCUUUGACGUUCCAGUAGUUGUUUAUGAAGUGCGUUCAUUUUUACCGUAAUUUUCAAGCUUUUUAAUUCUGUAUUUUUACCUUUUUAGAAGCCCCGGAACGAAAAGCCAGCGUCAUCCCCGAAAAAUCGAACGAAAAUGACGCUCCGGGCCCAAAACCCCCAAAACACAAGGCCGAAAUCCCCGCGGAAUGCUUCAAAGUCGAAUGUGAACUCGACAAGAACCUACAACUCAAAUCCCCAACGCCGGAGUCGAAACAAGUGGAACAGGAAUUGGGAGGAAUCCGAAAAAGAUUGGCCGAAGGAGCGGUUUCACCCUUGGGCGAUAGAGAUCAGAAAAAUGUGUGGGCCACAGCAAGCUUGGACAGCCCAUUAUGUGCCCCGCCAAGGCCAUCGGAGUGAGUUUUGGGGGAGAUUUGACAAAAAAAAAAUUAAAAUUUUGUCUAGUGUAAUAUAAAUUUUGAGUCAAAAAUAAGUUUUGGGGAAUGUUUUAGGUGCUGAGAAGGCUCUAGAAAAAAUUUAUUAGAUUUCGGAUUGAUUUUGACACCUCCACCGUUUUUUUUUUUUUUUUUUUUUUUGAAAAUUGGGGGAUUUUUUAUUUUAGGUACAAAAUUUAAAUUUUCUGCCUUUUUCGGUCUCUAAAAAGUGUUAGAAAUCGCGAAAACGAAUGUGGUUUGUCUUCUCUAGGCUGUUGUCGAAUGUUGAUUUCAUUUUUACAUCAAAAAAAUAUCUCUUUUCUAGUGCAAUAUAAAUUUUUAUCAAGUACAAUAUAAUUUUUCAGGCCGUUCAAAAAAUGCAACGCGGUCCGAGUAUUCCUCUACGAUAUGGGCCUGUUGGACCGAAAAACGUUUGGCCAAGACCUGAUCGCAUUGGAUACGGCCAACACGAAGGACUUUUUUGAUGCCCUCCACUCCCAAAUCGAUCGACAUCCGGCCAAAAAAUGCGAAACCGUCUCGAUAUUCUACGUGCGGAGGGGUCAGCGAAGCUUCUCGGACAUCCUGAAGAACACUGAGAGCCUGGAAACGACCUCAAAAACUUUUGUGAAACUCAUUUCCCGGCUGGGCAGGAUCCGCAGGACGAGGGAGCCGGCUUUCUGGACUGGCCAUUGGCAGACCGCCUUCUCCCCUCCACCCGCCCUGGAUUCGGACCCAUUCGCAAGAACACACCAAGAGACCCAUAGUUUGGAUGGAUUGGAGAAUUGUAUUUGGUGGUCGGACUCCCAACUUGAGAUCGCCUAUCAGCUCCCCUCCGAGAGAAGUUUGCAACGAAAUCUGCAGUUCAUUCAUGAGAAAGACGACUCAUAUGCGGUCCCGGUGAAACAACAGACUGUAACGAGUAAGUUGAAGGGCAUUUGGAGAGGUUAAGAGGAGGAAUUGAAGUUUUUGGAGUAGUUUAAAUUUUGGAUGAGGAGUUGACCUAGAAUAAGGUCGAAAAUUGAGAAUUUUGAUGAUUUAAAGGAAAGUUUGAACGGUAUUCGGAUGGAAAUGAAAAAAUGGACAGUAGUGAGAGUAGAAAUUGCCAUCUAGCAUGCUUUUUGAUUGGGGUAAAUUUACCUAAAAUAAGGUCAAAAAUCGAUGUUUUUUUUUUGAUUUUGUGAUGGGAAAAUUGCUGUGUUUUGAUGGAUUAUGAAAGGAUUAGGGGCAGAAUGGAUGAGAAAAGACACUAGGAGAAAACAUUGGCUGUGUUUGGAAGGUAGAUUUGACCAAUUUCAUCUAAAAUAAGGUAAAAAAUGAAAAAAAAAUAUAUUUUUAAUGAACAGCGACUUAUAUUUUGGGAUUUUACCAGUAAAAUCCGAUUUUUAUUAAAAUUUUUUAUUAAGAAUAGAAAAAUCACAUUUUUGAAAAAACAAAAAAGUCGGUUUUUAUUCAAAAAUAUCUCUCAAAUCUUCUAUGGAUGGCCCUAGAUACCUGUCCUUUGAUCUGCACCCCAUAUUCGAUAUGAAAUUGCACUUUAAAUGACUUUAAAUGCGUUGAUUUCACUCAUUUUUCAAUGUGUUCAUUUUUUUUGAUGUUGGCAAAGUCUGCUUAGCCGAAAUUAUCGCUUCAGUCAGCAGUCUCCAACAAACCCUUCACGUCAACGUUGCCGAGCCCUCGGUCCGAGUGAAUCGCCCUCAAAUCUCCCCCUCUCAACGCCUCCUCAUCACCCACAAUCGCCCCUCAUUCAAACUCCAGGACAGCCACGAGCAAAAGAGCGAUGAAACCCUCGAACUCAUCGAUGAAUAUAAUCAAAACCUCGAAAAAAGAACCCAAUUCGCCUCGAUGAACUCGUUCCCGACGAUAAAUCAGAGCUUUUUGAGCAUCGAAGUGGGCCCCACGCCCGGCUCAACCGAGCCUCCGCGAAGCGCCCGCUUCUCCCCGAACGCCAGGAAUCGAAUCUUAAGCCGUCAGAAGACGGUCGACUACACCCGGUACUCCACAACCACCGAAAAUCAAGAAAGAAAGGCGUCGGAUUCGGCGUUGAGCAGGAAAAUAAUUAAUCGACAGGUUACGGCAGCUCCGAAUACAUUAAUCACGAAUCGACCGAAUAUUGAUGAGAUUAUGGAAGAACCGGCGAAACGAUUGGUCCAAAGACGAUUUACCACUCAUUCAGGAGCCCCAGAUUCACCCAGAAGCCCAACGAAAUCGAGAAAUUCGUUAACAAAUUCAUCAACAAAUUCACCAACCAGCUCAAAGGCAUCAAGUCCAACGGUGAUUUCCAAGCCAUUCCCAUCCACGAAUUCGAGUCCAUCGGCGAAAAUGGGAACAUCAGUGAGUUCACCAACGGUUUCAUUGAUGAAUAAAAGCCCAUCAAUGAAUUCGUCGAUGAAUUCUUCAAUGAAAAAUGUUUCAUCAACCAGCCCAAAACCCUCAACACCAUCUCCAUUGACCCAACAAAGCUCCUUCAGCUAUAUCAAAAGCUUUUUCCGUCGAAGGAACACGGAAGAUUCAUCGUCGAGUUCCUUGACAAAACCCGAACCAACCCUGAAAACGCUGAGCGAGGUAACGGAGGAAGAGCUGGAGGAAAUGUUCCCACGAAUGCCCUCCCGCGAACAGAAAGGUACACCUUUGAAGUGCUUCUCCAACCAACCGAACUAUCGCUGAAAUCCUCUUUCCAUUCGCUGAAAACCCCGGGUUUUGUGUUCUUGUUGUUGUGUUUUUGAAUUGAAUUCCUCUUUGUUUCCCUCUGUACUAUGAGUUUUUCCAGGUUUUGGCGAUUUGCAACUCUAGAAAGAAAUUUUUGGGUCCUACCACGAAAACAAUUUAUUUUGUAAUUUUGCAAUUUUUGAGUGCCCAGGCUUUGGUAUACUCUCCUGUAACUUUUCAACAGACUUUUUUUAGCGAGUUUAACGCCAACUAAGGUAAAUAAUUUAUAUUAUAUUACUUUAUCCUACCAGCUUCUCCUUCGAUAAACUGUCCAUUCAAUUUUUUUUAUUUUGAACUAAAAUAGAAGGGCGUGGGCUUAUGGAGACAUGUGUUGGAUGUAGCAGAGCAAUUAUGAGUUAUUUUUGCAGAGUACACGCCAUCUUCUACAUCAUCUUCAUUAGCUCCCCAUUCCCGCGAAGGAUCGUCCCUAACGGAUGAUAGCGGCGCAAUCAGUGGAAAACGGUAAGGAAAUAGCGGCCUUAGGGAGUGCAUACCUUAUCUAGAGCAAAAUUAUGGGAAUUUACUUUGUAUUUUAGCAGUAGCGACCUCUCUCAACCAACCGCAGCCACUAGAACAAGGUCCACUUCCACGGUGAAUAGCGAAUGCAGCUCGGCUCAAAAACCAAUGCUGAUGCCCUCAAAUCAAAGCAGGAGCAAUGGAAUCCCAACGCCGAAAAGGUCGCCGGAUCAGAGGGUACUAGUUGUUUGGUUGGAGAAGAUUGAAGAUUUGCAUAAUUUCCCAUAUGGUAAGGAGAAUAUUAAGAAAAACUUAUAAUUUUUGGUCGAUUUGAUUGGGAUAUUGGAUUUUGUUAGAUGUAUUGGAACUGAAAUAGUUUUUUGGGAGCCUUGAAAUUUGUUUUACAUUGAGAUUUUGACAAAAAUCGUCCAAUUUCCCUAGUACAAUAUACUUUUUUGACAAAAAAUUUCUUUUACCAGUCUAUUUUCGGAAGAAAUGUUGUUGUUUUAUAUCCGGAAUUUGAUUUAUGACAUUUUAUUUUAGCUUUCGACCAGUCAAAUUCGUUUCGAAAAGUUUUGAAACGAAAAAAAAAUUUUGCACCGUGCGAAAUGUAUCAUAAUUUUUGAUGAAUAACUGUAAUAUUUCACUUCUAGACCAACUUCUAAUGUCCACGGACGAUGGUUCGCGCCGAGUGAACCCUAAUCUCAAGUCGCAACGAGCCGAUUUGCACAUAAUCUACCUCCAUAAUUUCGAGGAAGGUCUGGUCCAAGUUCACACGGAAGCCAUCUGGACCAAAGCGGGACAGCCUGGCCCACUUGUCGAUGGAAUUGUCGUGUCCAUCGACGCAUUACCCUCAUUAUUGCGGCAGACGGUGGCCAAUAUUUCAAGGAGGAAGACUGUGGAGGUCGAGUGAGUUUUUGAGAUUUUUUUAUGUUGAGAUCUUUUGUUGGAAAUUGGAGUAAAAAUGAAAAAUGUGUUUGAUAUAGACAAUUUUUUUUAUUUAGAGAGCAAGUUUUUUCGUAUUUUAGAAAAAAAUUUAUGUCUAAUUUUUCCACCCUUUAGCCAACUCUCCCCCGCCCAUCGCCGCCGCCAAGCCAUCGCCGAACUGGCCAAGAAACACGGGUGUAGGUUCGGCUACACCGAAUUCCUCGACCGCUUCAUCACCAACGAGUAA